UAAGGGUUCCAGGGCUGCGCGGCAGCAGGUUUUGCAGCCAUUGUCUCUGGGGCUGGGGCCGAGACCAAAUUAGGAAAGAAGCCUGGGUUUCGGAAUGGAGCCAGAACGAGAAGGUCGGAGAAGCGACAGCAGAAAGGCGGUACGGAUGAGUUAUGGCCCUCAGAGGCCCCCGUAGCCCCCCAUCUCCCGAAGCUUUGGGGCUCCUGCAGUCACCUGGUGCUCAGCCCACCCGGAAGCAGGUUCGCCCCGCCCCACGUGGGCCCCGCCUCUGGGCAGUACCACCCGAAGCCUUCCCCGACUAUCCUCGGUUCCCGGAGCGCGUUCCCCAUGGCUCUUUACGAGGAGCUGAACCAGUCGUACGAGAAGGGCUGAAGCAUAUUAGUGAAGAAUGUGUGUUCAUCUACUGCCAAGUAGGAGAAAAACCUUAUUGGAAAGAUCCAAAUAAUGACUUCAAAACAAACUUGAAAAUAACUGCAGUGCCUACACUCCUUAAAUAUGGAACACCUCAAAAACUGGUAGAAUCUGAAUGUCUGCAGGCCAACCUCGUGGAGAUGUUGUUCACUGAAGAUUAAGAUUUGAUUAUGACAGUUGUGUCUUGAUUUCCUGAUUUAUUCUAGUAUAAAAGAAAUUGCAUGCUUGCUUUGAAUUCAUGUUAGGCAUAAAUAAAUGAUGAUUUUUAAAAAUG